AAAUCUGCUACGAUAUUUCAUAAUUCUUAUGUUAAAUAUUAUCACUGGUCUUUACAAUAUUUCUUAUGUUAAAUAUUAUCACUGGUCUUUACAAUAUUUCACACAUCGAUAUAAUUUAAGCCGGUGUAUAUAAUAUCAAUGGACAUCCUCUCUGGAUGUGCUGUUGUACCUCCCCUAAUUAGAUCCAAAUUUCACUAUUAAUUUUACAUUUCCAAUGAUUUCACAACUAUUCUUGGUAUUUUCAGUUCUUCGUAAACACAACUUUGUAAAUGUUUAUAAAUAACAAUCAGAAAACUAACUACAAAGAAGUAAUUACUAAAGGUGACAAAAUUCAUGAGAAACCGAUACUUGUUUAAAAUAUUGCUCUCACCUAGCCUUAAUAAAAUGACUAACGUAAACAUGAUUAAACUAUAAAAAUAUUUAACACUGAUAUUAACAAUAAAUAUUCUUUGACAAUUUCACAAAGAAAUGAUCUAGAGGAGAAACAUAGAAUUCUGUUUUACAAAUUCUGAUACAAAUGCCUAAUUAUAUAUGUAUAUAUACACAGAAUUGAAAAUGCCAAUGUUUAUUUGCACAAUAACAAUUACUCUAAAUAGGCUAUUGUUAUCUUUCUAACACUACAGCUAAGACCAAGAGAACCAUGACCGAGUAGACUGUGUGGGGGAUUUAGGCAAUGGCGAAGGUGGCACCGAUGAAGUUGGUGUUGUUGGUGUAGGCAGUUUUUCGUUAUUCAUAUUUCUGAGUCGCACUUUUUCGUUAGUUUCGGAUUGCAUCUUUUGUUCGUACUGUCGAACAUCCUCUAGUGUCAUAUCGUACCACUCAUCGAUCCACGCAAACGCUUGACGAUGACCCAAUAAUAAAAUAUCCCUUAUACACUGCAGAUGAAUGAAGUCUUCCACACGAGUUUGCAUGCCCCAUACUUCAAAAGAGGCCUGAACUAGUUUGUAGGAACACAUUAUAGGUUGUGUGGUGUCUCUCCACCCCUCUACCAACGGCCCACGACCAAAUCGAAGUGUUGCAACGACUAUAAUACCUCUUCCUCUUUAUAGUGUUUCGAAGAUAAUUCAUCAUACGCAAUGUCCACAAAAUCAAUCUCACGAUGAAUCAGUUCGAUAGGAGACAGACCUAAGCACUAUUUUAACAGCGUUGUAAAUAACUACCUCUAUUUACGCAUAAAACUCAUUUACAUACAUUUUCUGUGGACCCAUUGUUAUCCUCAUAUCGCGUUCUUAUCGAGAUGUGAAAUUUUGGAAUAAAAGAACACUGGAAAGUAAAUGUUUAUGUUACAAGAGACCUCACACAAAGUUACAACAUAUAUACUUACAGUAUAUUCUUGGUAGACCAUAAGUAUCAUGAAAAAGAAAGCCAUAUUAUUUAAUGAGUCAAAAAUUUGUGAAUUCUAUUUGAAUAUUUGCGAAAUUUAUGAAUAUUUGUGAAUUGUACUUGACAAAAUAUUAUCUAUAUUUAGAUAUACCUGUGAUAGUAAAGGGAUAAUAAUUCCAUGCCUUCUCUGUGACAUAGAAUAUUCGUGGAAUGACCGAUUGAAUCCAAUAUGGCAACUUACUGACAAAAGGAUCCGUUUCUCUGUAUAUUGGCCUUUUCCAUGCUCUUGAUGUUCACACUCAACAUUUUCAACUACUUCAACGCCUUCAUCAUUAUCUGAUUGCUCGUGACUGUGUCUUGCAAUCAUAUAAAGCUGCCCUAAGAAUUACCUCUUCCGUGGUAAGCGGCAUGCAUAUACGAUAUUCCUUCGUUAAUACCAUAUUUGAAACGAGAAUCUGACAACCCUCUAUGACUGCAUUAAAUUAAUACUCGCUUCUGGAAUUACGGUUCUCUCCUUAGCUAAUGAAUUCAAAGUUAAUGAUAUCGUCAUUUAAAUAGCAGUUUCACUAGCCUGAAGCGAUGGAGCAAUAAACAAUCGAAUUCAAUGAAGUUCGUCCUCUGUCCUUAAAUCGAUAAUAAUGCUUGACACCUUAAAUAAGUGGUAAUGUAACUAGAGGUGUGGCGAUAAAAAAGGAUGCCAACCACUUGAAUUAUUUAACGAUAAAUUACGAACGACUAAAUACCUUUUCCCAGUUAAUUACGUUCGUUUCCUUGUGAUGCCAAAAAAAAUCUUUAUUUAAGUCUAAUAUUUAUUAAAUGAAAUACACUGUUAAAAAAUAAAUUAUUUAAGAUAAACAACAAUUAAGUAUCCACAUGUUUUUGCAAUUCCUUCUGAUGCUAUUCCAAAGUCUAUAACGUGUUAAGUGCAGUGAAUUGUGUUACCUUGUAACAUGCAAUAAAACAUAACCUAAAAGUCACUAAAACAAAUAUAUGAUGCGUCCGCAAAAGUUUCGACUUCCAUGCAGUGCAGAAAGGUUUAUACACACCGACAAAAAAGUAGUAAUAGUAUCUGUGUUUGGAAAAUCACAAUAUCGUGCAAAAGGAUGCAAGACCAACAUGCUCAGUUCGAUACUGCAGGUGGGCCUCCUGGAUGAACCAGAAGUGAAUAAAGAAUCAUUUUGUGAAAUUGAGGGGUAUUAUGAUUCAAAAGAUAGGACUAUAUACUUGCAUUUAAGAGGACUAUUAGACACACAUACUCUUUUAACAGAAUAUGAUAAGUUCGUAGAGAGACAAGACUGUAAAGAUUUCCUUAGUGUGUGGGCACACAUGAGAGACAAAUAUGCAAGAGCAUUGCUUGUAAUGUUUCAUAUAUCGCAUGUUAUUAUUCUCACUCAUCCAACUCACACAUUUGACUACAGUUAUGUACAUUUAUUCAGGGCUAUGGAUAUUGUGAGACAGAAAGUUUCUCCACAGCUGUCCGAUGUUUUAAGCUGCAUAUACAGCUUACCUAAAGAUUGGAUUUCAAAUGUUAGACCGUGUUCCCCAAGAGUUUUAUUUUACUUUGAAACUUGUCCCACUGUAUUUCAAGAUGCUACCAAUGGAGCUAAUAUUAAGAAAUUAGAGCAUUCUUUGGAAGAUCAAAUAUAUCAAGUAUUGAGGAAAAACCGUAUAGUAACUAAUAUUAGUUCAAAUUCGCUGUUUGCAAUUCCUGCAAACCAAGAAUUUGUUUAUGUACAUACUGGUACAAUAGAAUCUAGAGAUAUUCUAGGAUACAUGGCGAAAAAACUCAUACAGAGUUGCAAAGUUAGCUCUGGAGGAAGCACUUCAAGAAGUUUGGCCAGUCAGGAUUCCAACAUUCAAAUAGAUGAUACAGAAACUGAAACCCGUUCCUUCAGAUCAUUUCUACAACAACACAUAAACUUAGCUUUUGCAAGGGGUUUUGAUGAUAAUGUUGGAAGACACUCUGUACCUGCAUAUUUUGAGAUACCAAAUGUCACAAUAUUUUGUGAAGUAGCAAACAAAGUAUAUAAUUAUUUUAUAUAUGGGACAGAUAAAGAACUACUAACAUUACAUAGCUUGUUGGAUACUGACGUAAAGUUCAGCAAGAGCAGGUGCAGCAAAGUACUGCCCAGAGCUCUUCAGACUUACCAAGAAAAUCUUCCACAACAUUACACAAGAGCGUAUCACGAGACAAAAUUGGCUCAUGCAAUGGCGGUUUUCGAGAUGCAUGCACGAGGUCCGUUGUUCGAAGAGUUCAGUGAAAAACUACAGGCCGAAUGUGAAAAACAUUGGAGAUCUGGCAGACAGAUGUGCGAGGUACUAUCUCUGACAGGAAAUCCCUGUACUAAUCCGAUACAUAGAGGCGGAAGUGAAGGUGCUGGUGGCGGGGAGCAGACGGAACAAAGGGACAGCGACAACGAUUUACCAAUCAGAGAGCAUUGCAGUGGAGUUCGAUAUAUCUGUGCUUGCAAUUGUGGUCGUUGUCAAGGUUCGAGGGAGGACCCUUUCAGUUUGAGGCAGGCCAACUACGAUUACUUUCAAAUGCUGGCUAAACAGUGUGCUUGUGCUCAGUUGGAAAGUAUACAAUUUCCCGUUUUUCAACCAAGCACGCACAAUUAUAGACCUGCACAGUUGUUUUCUACCAAACGAAAGGAUUCUUUCAGUCAUGUGGAGUCUCCAACGUCUCAAGGAAAUACUCAAGCUUGUAGUUUAGGAGUCAAUACUUUACAUGACGAUAUUCGGACACCAUAUGGAAGCGGAGGUCAAUCACCUCCAACAAGUGAAACUAAUGAAGAUGUACCUAAACUCAGUAGUAAAACUAGUCUAACACCUAGUGAUGCCCAUAAAGUUGUUAUAGAAGUAUCGGAUAGCGAUGCGGAAAAUGCGAAAGAAAAGUCUUUAGUCAGGCAACCAUCAACAACAGAAUAUCUACCAGGGAUGUUACAUACAGAAUCACCAGCUGGUUUAUUACCACAGUUCUCUAGUUGGUCCCUAGUAUGUCUUGGACCAAGUAGUCUAUAUUCUCAUAACUUGGGUUUACAGCAUCAGGCUGGUGUUUUACCUACUUCUGCUUUCCUCUUACCUUGGGAUGUGACUGUGAGAUUAGAGCAUCAAAAAGAAAGGGGCUCUUUAUGGUCAACCAUAGGUGACCAUGGAACUCAUGGUUAUUGUCCCAGAGGGAAAAACUUUCAAAAUAUGAAUACUAUUCGUGGCCGGAAAUCAAAAGGUGGAAAAGAGUUCGUGGUGAAGAUAUUUGUGGGGGUGGAGUACGAAUGUCCAAGAGGGCACAGAUUUAUGGCGUCUGCGCCAGAUAAAGUUUUAAAAGCCACCGGAAAUGGUAUUGUGAAAGAUAGUGGAAAUAAAGUUACAUCCAGCACUGCAGAUAUGCCGCUCUAUUUCCCCUGCCCUUGCAGACAAACGAAGCCCCUGAUAGCCCAAUUAAUGAGAAUUCACGUAGUGACACCAAAAGCUCCUGUUCACGUUACGUUAAAUCCGAGAGUACAACCUGGACCCCCACCUUGCCCAAUUUUCGUCACUGGUUGUGAUGAACCGAUAAAAUUAUCGCAAAGUGCCUACUGGGUCUUGAGAUUACCAUAUGUAUAUAUGGACGAGAAAGGACCAUAUUUGGCGCCAAAAGAACCGGUACCUACGUCACAUGGCAGGCUAUUGGCGGGAAUGUACGGGAUUAGCGAAGUACUUCCGGAAAAGAAAUAACGCAGUAUUCGAUUUUUUAAAUUAAAAAAUGAUUUGUACGAAACUUGUAAAUUACUUUUUGUAAAUAUACCAAAAAUAACCAA